GCAGCAACUUGAACCUUGACCACCAUCCAUCGCCACGGCUUGCGUCCAGUUUCCUUGUUUCCUCCUCAUCCCUGUUUCAUUUCAGCGACUUGAUAUUUUAUUGAGGGUUUUUUAUACGUAUACAAGGCGACCUUGCAGUAAAUUGAAAUUGCUCAACAGAAUAACCGUACCUUGUCCUGAUUGGCGUCCCGAACGCACGAAGGAAGAAGAUAUAGUGGAAACUUUAAGUUGUAUAGCCGAGGCACAUGUCUAGACAGCAAUCCAACGAUAUUUUGACGCACCGUGAUGUUCAUGGACGGAUUUUGUGCCAAAGGUGCCACGAUGUGGUCGCCCUCCCCAAUGGUAUUCGCCCAUUCCAUACAAUCGAACCUCGAUUUCUCCGUAGCGACUACGUACCAUCCGAUAUUGAGAUAUCUCAGUUGACAGAUGUGAUACGGAGAGUACCCGCGGAGAUCUGGGAGAUGAAUUUUUCCACGUUAUGCUUGUCGCUUUGCGAAUAUUCACUCGACGAUGACUGUGAAGAUUAUCCGCUCCUUGGACUCCCUGCCACCAUUAUAUCUCAAGUUUGCUCCCAUUGGAGGAUAAUUGCUAAGGGAUUCCCUAAGCUUUGGUCUUCCAUCAACGUCAAUCUCUCUAACCCACCAUAUAACGUCGGUUUACCUCUCGAGGUCUAUUUUUCGAAUUCAGGAGAUUAUCCCUUGAAACUACGAAUUCAAAGCGAUGGACCUAUCCUGAAGUCGUCAUGGGGUCUGUAUUUAUGGGAAUCAUUAUCCAGACACAUCCACAGAAGCCGGGAACUCAUUAUGGCGAUGGAUGCGAACCGCGCCGAUAUUGAAUUUCUCCCUCCUGUUCCACGAUUGACCUUUCCUAAUCUUGAAUCGUAUCGCGAAGAAUGUCCCCCGCCCGAUGAAUUGGCCUGGCCCUGGUUCUGGCAAGCCAUUCAGAAGUCGACAAAACUCGCCGUGGUUUCUACCUUCUUCGUAAAUCGUGCCAUACCCUUUUCUCAGUUGACAACUUGGGAAAUUCGAUGUAUCCACCGUUUUAAGGACGUGGAUGACUUCCUCGAUGUUGCACGGAGCUGUAAAGCUCUCCAAUCCCUUACGUUGUCAGGCUCCCGGAAGCUGCCGGGUACUGGUGACAAUCUCCCUGUGGUUGUUCGAGAGGUCAAUUUGCCCUCCCUUCGUAAUUUAUCAAUCUGUACCUAUCAGGACCACUACUGGUUGCCCAGUAUCUUUGGCUCCCUCGUAAUGCCCUCUCUCGAAACACGUUCUUUCCGCCAUUGUGCAUGGCAUCUACCUUCCGCGUUAGUCGACAUGGUUCGACGAUCCUCGAUUUCGCUCAAACAAAUAAGGCUCACACUAAUGGAAGGCUGGCGUGCAAACUCAUCUGGGGAUCCACUUCUGCUCGAUAUGUUGCAAGCUGUCCCCAAAUUGACUAGUUUUGAGCUGACCUUGGGCGGAGUGGCGACCACCAAAAUUAGACACUACACAACAUUUGUCGAGGAGAUGGCCUCCGCUCUGCUUUCCAAAUUCAAAGACAAAUCUCGUGACUUUCUCCCACAACUUGAGUAUUUCUCCCUCGAACUUCCAUGUGUCACGCUGAACAUGCAACUCGUGGAGCGCAUAUUGGAGGUGGCGGCGGCAAGACAGCGUGCGCCUCAUCCCUUUUCAGAAUUUCGCCUCGUACGUAUCACGGAUGGAACAGAACUUGAUGAGUUCGUCAUGGGACCUGAACUGAUCGAGAGAAUCAGAGUGCUAGAAGAAAGUGGGGUCAAGGUUGUUGUAACUUGUCGACCGCGCUUCAAGUUUUAUAAUACUUAGUACAGUUGAAAACUAAGGAACCGACAGGUGCAGAAUUACCGGAUUAGUUACAAGAUUCAAUGUAGCAGUUGAUUGUUGAUUUAUCAUGUACCCGAUCC